AUGAGGCGGUCAUUGUUUCAGCUGGCCGCAUGCUCUCGUACAGGACUAUCUGUAUCUGGCAGACAAUUCAGAAGCUAUCUUUAUCAUCAAGCUCUCCGGCAUAUCUCUGACCAGAAAAAGGACCAUGGUGACCCUUUGCGAAUCCUCUUCUGUGGAUCCGACUGGUUCAGUGCGGCUUCUUUGAGAGCACUCUACAAGUUCUCCCAGUGUCCUGAUAGCAACAUACUCUCUAUCGAUGUCGUGACGAGGAAUGAUAAACGGGUAGGACGAGGCUUCAAGAUCAUCAAGGCGCCGCCCAUCAAAGGCGUGGCUCUCGACCUAGGUCUCCCAAUUCAUCAAAUCGAUACAUUCACCGGAUGGGAUCCUCCACAGUAUGCUGAGCAGACCAGCCCCAAUAUCAAUUUGAUCGUUGCUGUGUCGUUUGGUCUUUUCAUACCACCACGGAUUUUGACCCAGUCGAAAUAUAGUGGGUUGAACGUCCAUCCGUCAAUGCUUCCCGACCUACGAGGCGCUGGUCCUAUUCAAUGGACCAUUCUUCAGGGGCGAACAACGACCGGAGUCACAUUGCAGACCUUGCACCAUCGCCGAUUUGACGAGGGAACCAUUCUUGACCAGACUCCGGCUCCAGGUCUGGCCAUUCCAAAUCCGGACGAGAUUACGGGGAGCCAGCUGACGGCACUACUGGCACCUAUUGGAGCGAAAAUGCUAGUCGAUGGCAUUCGCAAUCGCGUAUACAUUCCGCCACAUGUCCCUAUUCUCGCUCCGGGUACAGAAUCGACAACACCUCUGGCACACGCCCCGAAGAUCCCUGCCGCAUUGCACGCCAUCGACUUCGAGACACUACCAGGCAUUGACAUCUUGAGGAGAAGCCGUACGAUAAGUCCCCUCCGCACUUGGGCCAAAAGGAUUUUAGGAGAUAACAUCCAAAUCAAACUUGACGGAGACAUGCGGGCUUCAACGACAGAAGAUAUUCCCGGGUCUGUUACGGCGAAAGCGAGUCUUAUUCCCCCUGGCAUCCCAUAUGCUAUCGUCCCGGCAAACAAGAAGAUCUAUCACAGUGAUAAGCCUUUGAUUGUCAAUACUGUCCCAGGUCCGAUGGGUGAAAUUCGUCGCAUUGUCAUUCCUUCGAUCACAGUCGCCUCAAUGAAGCCCGGACCCGGGGCCGCAGCCGCAGCUCGUGCUGGCUUGUUCCUCCCUGAUCCACUCUGCGUUGAAUACUAUAAGCUAUACUACUUCAGAAGUGCUUUAUCGGUGCCUGGAAUGGCGACCUCUCCAGGCGCAGCAGAAAGGCAGCCCGACUCCACCUUGGCUCCACUCUCUAGCGGAUGA